AUGACGACGAUAGUCGACAACGGCAGCAGCGACCGACCGACGACCACCGUAUCGCGUCGCACGUUGCGAGAGAGAGGACAACGAAGGUCAUUCCACAAAUACAGUGUGCGCCCUGCCACGCCCGCUCUCUAUCCGUUCACGGAAUCUUCGUUGCCCCCCUACCCUCCCCCACCAACGGGGACCCACGGACUCCACACCUCCGCGUCCGCGCCAGGCCAACCCUCAGACCGGCACGAAAUGCGCAUCGCCCCCUCGCCCCCCUCAAUUACCUUAGACUUUCGUCGUGCUCGUGCACCGUUGUACACCGUAAAACGCACGGCGAGAGCACGAGUAACGCCACCGAGGAGAAGUCAGAUGUGA